UUCCAAAGGUUGACAAUCCAUUUAUUUUCAAACUCCAUUUUGAGCAUAGUAACAUUAAUUGGUGCUUUUACUGUGUAUCAAAAAAAUAAAAGCUUGCAAUAACCAUAAGUUUUCAAGCAAUAUUGUUCAAGUAUUAUUAAUCAUGGUGCUGGAUAUGCUCAAGUUAAUGCGAAGGCACACGGUCCACCCGUCGUCUUCGCAGCCGACGAAGACUCAUCCCGUCUUAAAAUCUGCAUCGAAAUCUACAUACAGCUCCUGGUGCACUCCAGAAACAACACCAACUCAUGAAAAAUUAACGAAAACAACUUCAAAUGUUGAGAACCAAACUAAAUUUAAAGAGGACACAGGACAAUAUAGAGAUAAAAGAAUAUUUCCCAUACAAAAAGUGAGGCUAUUUAUCAAUAGUCCUCCUACAAAAUGUAUUCCUAAGAACGAUGUCAAAGAGUCUGUCACAGAGCUCAAAGACUUUAAGGAACCAACAUCAAGAGACAAUUCUUUUAAACGACCAACACCUGAUAGACAAUUGGUACCUAUAAUAGAAACGCCGCAGAGCCCCGUACCCUCCUCUCCCAGUCGGUACAAGAAGUGCAAAGGUCUCUCCCUGCCCACAUUCUGCGACCCCUUCCUCCCCAUCGACCCCCAGGGUCGUGGCUACAUCAGCUGGCUGCUGCUGGUCACAUUCUGCUACAGUUACAAUGCGUGGUGCAUCGCAUUGCGUGCCACCUUCCCCUACCAAACCGCCAAGAAUACCCUGCUGUGGAUGAUGGCUGACUAUUUCUGUGACGUCGUCUACUUACUGGACGUAGCCUUUGUCAAGCCCAGACUCAUGUUCCUGCAUGAGGGAUUCUGGGUUGACGACCCGGUGGAGACAAGGCGGAAUUAUAGAAGAAAACUGCAAUACAAAUUUGAUGUAAUUUCACUGUUACCAAUGGACCUACUGUACUUCUACUUCGGAACGCACAAAGUGAUACUUCGUCUCCCGAGGCUACUGAAGUUGCAAACAUUCUGGGAGUUUCACCAGGCGAUGGACCGGGUUUUAUCUUCUCCAUACAUAGUUAGGAUCGGCAAGACUUUGUUCUACAUCUUCUACCUGAUACAUUUGAACGCGUGCGCGUACUAUGCGAUGAGCGACUACAUCGGCCUCGCCAGCAACGGUUGGGUCUACGAUAACAUUGGUAACGCGUACAUCAGGUGCUUCUACUUCGCCACCAAGACCGCUACCUCCAUUGGUAAAAAUCCGAAGCCGGAGAACACUGUGGAAUAUCUGUUCAUGACAGCGGCGUGGCUGAUGGGCGUGUUUGUGUUCGCAUUGCUCAUAGGACAGAUUCGUGACAUCAUCGCUACAGCCACCAGAGCGAGGACGGAGUACCGCAAGUCUGUGGAUGGAUGUGCGCGAUAUCUGCGGCGGCUGGGCAUGCCGAGAGCACUGCAGCGCCGCGUUGCCUGCUGGUACCGCUACACUUGGAGCCAACAGAGGUGCUUCGAUGAAUCUAAAAUAUUGAAUUCAUUACCGUACAACAUGAAGAGAGAUGUUGCUCUAGCUGUGCACAUGUCGACAUUGAGCAAGGUGCAGCUGUUCCGCGACUGCUCGGCUUCGCUGCUGCGUGACCUGGUGCUGCAGUUGCGGCCAGUUUCCUGCCUACCCGGCGACCUGCUCGUGCGUCGCGGCGACGUCGGACACCACAUGUACAUCGUCAAGAGCGGCGAGUGCUGCGUGAUGUCGCAAGAUGAAAGUGAGGUGUUGGCGACACUGCGCGAAGGAUCUGUGUUUGGUGAAAUUAGCCUACUGGGCAUCGACGGUUUGCGCCGGCGCACCGCAACUGUCCGGUCGCGGGGUUAUUCAAAUCUAUUCGCACUAUCUCGAAGCGAUUUAGACGCGGCACUGAAACAUCACAAAGAAGCUGCGCAGAUCCUUCGCCUUCGUGCCGACCAGAUCAUACGGGAAAAUGCCGCGCGACAGGCGAAGCAGAGGAUCGCUAAGCUGGCAGCAAAAAAAUCAGCAAGUAGUGAGGAAGGAGGCAGGAGGAGUAGUGAGGAAGGAGUGAGGAAGCGACGUCAGAGCGGCGCCAGUGACAGCAGCCAGCAAGAGCGGAGGAACCGGUCCGCCAGCGCCAUGUCCAGGCGACGUCUCUCAGCUGUCUCAGAAAAUGUACCCAAAGGGUCACCUCACCAGAAGAUACAAGAAGAGGAAUUACCAUCGAAUUACCACUCGACUAUAAAUGUACCAAAGAUUGUACUCUCUAGCAAUUGA